ACCCCGUUUCCAUAAACACUAGGUUAGAAAAAUAGUUCAUAUUGGGAGGGUGAACGUGGCGGUGGGAAUUGAAUCCACAAUCCACAUGAUCGUUUAACGAUCAAAUGUUCCAUUCGAAGAACAAACAGAAUCCCAAUGUCACUAUCAUCCAUUUUUCUAAACCCACCCCCACCCUCACCCUCUUUCCUCCACCUCCACUCCCCCAACCGCCACAACCACCACCACCCGCCAAAACCCCUCCAAAUCCGCGCCAAAACCAACCCCACCCUCCAAUUCCUCAAACCCUACCUCCUCUCCCAACACAAGCCCAUCCUCUGCGGCUGGCUCUGCAGCGCCGUCUCCGUCUACUCCCUCUCCGCUCUCCUCUCCAAGCUCCCCAAACUCCCCAUCCUUAGCGCCACCGCCGCCGACGCCGCCCCCAUCGCCGCGCUCCUCCUCGUCGCGCGCCUCGCCGCCGGCUACGCGCAGCGCGCGCUCCUCUGGGAGGCCGCGCUCGGCGCCGUCUACGACCUCCGCCUUCACGUCUUCGACCGCGUCCUCCACCGCGAGCUCGCGUACUUCGAGGGCGUCUCCGCCGGUGACUUAGCGUACCGAAUCACCGCCGAAGCCUCCGACCUCGCCGUUACCUUGUACACUCUUCUCAACACCAUAGUACCUAGUACUCUGCAGUUGUCGGCAAUGAUGAUGCAGAUGUUAGUCAUAAGUCCUACACUUUCUUUGAUUUCAGCCAUGAUUGUUCCUUGCAUGGUGCUAGUUGUUACCUUUCUUGGUCAAGAACUUCGCAAGAUAUCCAAAGAGGCACAUGUUAGUAUUGCUGCUCUCUCGGCCUAUCUAAAUGAGGUGCUUCCUGCAAUUCUCUUUGUGAAAGCAAACAAUGCACAGUCAUGUGAGAAUACCAGGUUUAAGAGAUUGGCUCUGAUGGACUAUAAUGCAAGGCUGAAGAAAAAAAAGAUGAAAGCAUUGAUUCCUCAGGUUAUACAAGCUAUUUAUUUUGGAGUCCUUUCCAUACUUUGCGCUGGUUCGCUGAUGAUUUCAAGAGGUUCAUUGGAUCGCUAUAGCUUGGUUUCAUUCGUGACUUCAUUGCUUUUCUUGAUUCAGCCAAUCCAGGAUGUAGGGAAAGCUUAUAAUGAAUGGAGGCAGGGAGAACCAGCUGCUGAACGCUUGCUUGCCAUGACCAGGUUCAAAAAUAAGGUGGUUGAGAAACCAGAUGCUGCUGAUUUGGACCGUGUUACAGGGGACCUGAAAUUCUGUGAUGUCUCCUUUGGGUAUAACGAUGACAUGGCACUUGUUUUAAAUGCAUUAAAUCUUCACAUUAAAUCUGGAGAGAUAGUUGCUAUUGUGGGUCCUUCUGGUGGAGGGAAAACAACACUUGUAAAACUGUUGCUUCGGCUUUAUGAUCCUAUAUCUGGUUGUAUACUGAUUGAUAACCAUAACAUCCAAAACAUUCGGUUGGCAAGUUUGAGAAGACAUGUUAGCGUUGUUUCUCAAGAUAUAACACUUUUUUCAGGUACAGUUGCUGAAAACAUUGGUUAUAGGGAUCUGACAACAAAAAUUGACAUGGACAGGGUGAAGCAUGCAGCUCAAACUGCUCAUGCAGACGAGUUUAUUAAAAAACUUCCAGAAGGAUACAAAACCAAUAUUGGACCAAGGGGAUCAACUUUAAGUGGAGGCCAGAGGCAAAGGCUGGCUAUUGCAAGGGCUUUCUAUCAAAAUUCUUCUAUAUUAAUUCUGGAUGAGGCAACUUCGUCCUUGGAUAGUAAAUCUGAGUUAUUAGUGAGACAAGCUGUAGAGCGUUUGAUGCAAAAUCGCACAGUGCUUGUGAUUUCCCAUCGCUUGGAAACAGUUAUGAUGGCUAAACGAGUAUUCCUUUUAGACAACGGGAAGCUAAAAGAGCUGCCUCAAUCAACUUUGUUGGAUGGUCAUCACAAGGAUUCAUUGCUAUCAUCUGGGCUUGUUAUUUGAGUAUUUCCUGCAAAUGCAAGGACGAUAUGUAUAUAUAGUUUCACAUAAAUGGAUUCUAUUAAAAUAUUUAUGGUAAUGGUGAUAUAUUCAUUUUAUUUCACAACAAUGCGUGCGAAUGUGCGUGUAAAGGUGCAUCCUUCUCUUUCCAUUCCCUGUACAUUCUUUUGUAAUCACAUGUUAAUUUUUAUUGAAGGGUCAUGGUGUUUUUUAAUUCAUGCUCCAUUCUACAA